CAAUCGUAUGGGGUGCAACCAGUGCAAGAGCGCGGCCCAGUCGUUGGGCUUCCAAGCGACUCGAAACAUCGAAACGCCAUUGGCACUCACUCGGGAUCUUAUGCAGUGUAUCGGGCGCUUGCCGUGGCCACUGGUACGUUGGAUCCGUUUCACAAGCCAGAUCUGACCAAUACUGCACCGGCGGUAAACAUCGGACCGCACCCGCAGUGGUUUAGUCAGGAUGGCAUUGUUUCGAUUGAUCCCUGGGGGCAUCUGGUGGGUAACGUGUUCGAUGACUUUAUCAAAAGCGGGAACAGUAUCCGGCCAACGAUCGCGGUGACCCGAGCGCGUUUGACAGUGCCGGAACUGAGGGCGGGAGCAAGUGGAGCAGAUCUCGAACCAGACGGGAAAAUUCUGAUGGAUUCAGGUGAGGUGAAUGUUACCAAAGUUGCAAUUGAACCGGUUUGGUAUCUUACAGGCAUCGCCAAUCGUUUUGGCGUAGAGGAGCACGACUUGCGUCGGGCGCUCUACGAACAGACUGGAAAUAUGUUUUCCGAACUGGUUACGCGACUAGACCUAAAACUAUUUCUCCCUCCUAUUGGUGGAAUCACGCUGUAUAUUUUUGGAGAGCCAAGUGCGAUUGCCAGCGAUGAACAUAAGCUUUCAUGCAGAGUACAUGAUGAAUGCAAUGGCUCGGAUGUAUUCGGCUCGGAUAUUUGUACCUGUCGACCGUAUCUGAUUCACGGAAUUGAAGACAGUAUCCGAACCGCACAAGAAAAUGGCGUUGGACUGGUCGUCUACAACCGAAAAGAAGGUCGUGCACUCGGAGAAGUCACGAAAUUCUUAGUCUAUAACGCUCGCAAACGUCAAGAGGGCGGCGAUUCAGCGGAACACUAUUUUGAGAGAACUGAAUGCAUCGCCGGCGUACAGGACAUGCGAUUUCAAAAACUGAUGCCGGAUGCACUCAACUGGCUAGGAGUGAAUCGAAUCGACCGCUUCGUAUCCAUGAGCAACAUGAAAUACGAUGCACUAGUCGAGCAAGGGAUCGAAAUUGUUGAGCGUAUCUCGUUACCGGAGGAUCGAAUUCCGCAUGAUGCUCGUGUUGAAAUGGAUGCAAAAAUUGCUGCUGGUUAUUUUUCUGAAGAUACAGCCCCGAGUACCAGUGAACUUGCCGAAGCCCACGGGCGAGGGCUUGAAGAAUACUGA